GUGACUUUGGGAGGCAUAACAUGUAAAGAAAAUGUUCCUGUCGUGGCCAGCCUCAAAGCAGCUUCCAGAAACUGCUCCAGAGCAGAGGAGAGGCUGGAGGACUCCAUUUUGAAGAGACCGGGUGUGCAGCCAGAGCCUACACAGAAACUCGUCUUAUGAAAGGAAACCAUCUGUUUUUUCCGGGGAGGAAUCAUGCCAGCAUGAGUGGGCCUUACACAGGCCCUGCAAGGAAAAGUCAUCAGUCCAGCUGCCCUUUGACCCCUACCCGUGACCUAUCCGCCUACUCUGACAUCUCCCGACGGCAAGACCACACGAUCGGCCAGAGCAUGUCUGCUGCCUCCUCUCUCAAACAUACAUCUGUCUAUGGAUUCUCACAAAGGGACCACUCUUCUCCAACAUCCUCAUCUUCCUCUUACAGUCCUCUCAGGAGGCUGCAGCAUCUCACCACCAUGGUUAGUCAGCCUGACCUGGUGCUGCCAGUAAGGGAGCCUGAGAGGAGCUGGGAGUGGGGGUCACACAAGAAGGAGAGGGGGAAGGUGGUAAGGGAUUCCUGGGCUGAUUGUAAGGAUUAUUCUGGCUCGCAGAUUACAAACAGAGAGAAGAGGUUUACUCCCUCUACUUGUGGACAGAAGCAACAAGAGGUCCAAAGUGGAAGUAGAGACUCUCCUCCUGUGAGUUGUAAGGAUUCUGCUGCUCCAGAGAAAAAGGCAGAAGGUUGUUUCUCUGGCCCACCCAGCCCAGCCUUCUCUCUAGAUAGCAACAGCCCCUUUGCAAAUGGUUUACUCCACUUCGAGUCUUCUCUGUUUGAGGAUGAAGACAACGAUGACGAGCGAGGGACUGGGUCGAUCGUUGGAGGAACGCGUGUCAAACAGGAAAGCGUGGGUAAUGUUAUUCAGUCUUCUCCAAAAAAGUCUAAUUUGGAUUCCAAGGAUGCGGCACUGUCGUCAGCCAAGGUGGUUACUCGCUCCCAGUCCUCAGGUCAGCGCAGGAGAUACUGGGACGGCUCGGAAGACGAGUGGGAGAGCGAUUCAGACCUCCUCCUGUUUGAAGACAGUACUUUAAAGCAUUCAAUGCAGCAAAACAGCCUGAAGAAAAAGUCUUUGCCACCUGUGAAGUUUGUUGAGGGUGACAUCAUUUGGGCGAAGUUCAGCCGGAGACCGUGGUGGCCCUGCGAGGUCAUUGUUGACUCUGUACAGGGAGUCUAUCACAGAGUGAAAGAGCCCAGUGACCGCCCCUGUCGGCUCUACCAUGUCAGAACCUUCGGGGAGCCUGAAGAGAUGGUGUGGGUAGAGGAAAAAUCAACCCACACUUUCCAUGGAGGCUUUGAAUUUGAGCAGCUCCUCCUACUGCGGCAGAAGGGCAAGCAAAGGGAGCAGAACAAGAAAUACACUAUUCCGAAGCGUUUCCAAGAUUCUUGGAAAGCCGGUGUGGCAGAAGCUGAAUCCAUUUUGCCUGGAAGACACAAAAUGGCUUCUUCCUUGUCUUCAUCCAUAAAUGAUACCUUGCCCUGUAGAUCCCCGCUGGAAUGGGAGAACAAGUCCCAGCCAGUAUUUCCUCCUUCCGCUUCACCUGUCUCCAACCUUUCUGAUACGUUGCACAUAACUAAUGGAUCCAUUUCACCCCCAGUUACAACUCCAACGCAGCCAAGCACUUUAAGGAAAUCUUCCAGUAAGAAGAAACAGAGUAAAUCCUCAAAGGACACGGGUAGUAAACACUUAAAAAAGACUCAGCACUGUAGCCCUGACCUGUCAGAUAGAGACAAUGAAGAUUGCCCAUACUCUGACCUCGACUCAGUUCCUAAGAUUUUGUGUCCUAAAGCACUUGAACGUCAGCCUAAGCUUGUUUCAUCCCAGCCGUCUGUCACAGUUGUCAAAGAGUUAAAGAAACAGACAGAGAUUCAGAGCGGUCUUUGGUUUAGCAAAUCAGGGAAAGACAGGCGGCCUAAGACAACCAGCCCGAUGCCAGACCGCUCUCUCUUUAGUAAGGGUCCCUGCAAGAAAAAGAACUCAACCGCUGUUAGUAGAAAAACGUUGGCCCCUGCUGCCUCCACUUAUAGUGGGGGAUCCAGUAACCAGGCAGUGUUGUCAGACAAGCAGAGCACAGCUGAAACCAAUCUUUUACCUGAACAAUCAGGACCUUUGAAGUCCAUUAACACAAAGGCCAUUAUUAAGCCUUUUCAUGCAACCAGCAGUUCUGCUGACCAUCCAGGAUCAUUGGACAAGCAGAAGACCCUGGUCUUAGUUGAGAGUUUAUGUUCAAAGGGUCGGCAGGCACUUAGUAAUUCAGCUGACACUUUUACUAACCCUUGUUCUGGGCAAUUACGAAGCUCAGAUAUUAAAAGGGACUUAAAGCCCCCAAAGAAAGAUGAUAAUAAUUGCAAAUCCACCUUUUCAAAGAGCAUAAAAAGUGUCAGCCGAGCUGAGAAUUCAGCUGUGAUUGCCACUAAACAGGAUAAUUUAACUGACAAGAUAUCUGACCAAGAAAAAAAGCGCAAUGAGACUUCAUCAUCCCGUUUAAAAGCUGAAACUACUGAUGCAUUAUCAAGACUAGAAAAGCAAACAAGUCUGGUUUCUAAGUGUAGGCUACCCUUUGUGAAAUUAAUCCGCAGGGAGAUAAAGGAUAAAAGAUAUCUCAACUCCAGUAUAAUUGUUUGUCACACUGACCAAAUUGGAUGCGCAAAAAAAACACCGGACGCUGAUGUGGCUAAAAGAUCUCAUCAAUCAGAGCGAAUAGAUGGAAAGCAGAGUGCCUCCGGUGAGCAAGCAGCAAGUUUAGGAUCCAUAAAAGUCUCAGUCAAAAAGUUAAAAGCUGGUUCAGGUUCUACUUCUGGUAUGCUUUGUCUCUCAUCAGAAUCAUCUCAUGGCAAUAAAACUGUGGUUUUCAGUGGGUCUACUGAAAAGUCUGAUAGCUCAGAAGCAGAGAAGAUUCCUGCUCUAAAUGUAAGUCCAAGUAAGGUGACUCGUUCACCGUCCAAACAACCAGACCAGUCAGAGGGUCAGAAGACUCCUGUUUCUGAUGUGACAAGCAAGUCCUCUGACAAGUUAGAUGGUUCAGAGCAAGGAAAGUCAUCUGUCCCGGCUUCUGCUGCAUCUGCUCUGCCUUCUCACAAUCAUGAAGAAUCAGGAUGUAGGACCUCUGAUGUGCCUGAAUGCAUGUCCUCUGGGAAGUCCAAAAAAAACGUUCACAAAUCAAAACAAGUUCCAGAAGCAAAUAAAGUCCUACAGGAGCAGCCUGCCCACCUUCCAGCCAGCAAUCGAUUGAUGACUAGAGCGCUGAAGGCCAUGCAUGAGGCGGACCAAAGGAAUCAAGAAAAAGGCCGAAAGGAGGCUAAACGCAAAAGACUCUUAAACCCUUUCAGAAAUGUGGAGGAUCUUGUCUGGAAUCCGAAGGGAAAAUUGGACAUUUGCACUAAAUCUCCUAAACCUAAAAUUGAUGGUGGUGAAUGUGAUCCAGACACAGUUUCUAGUUGUAGCUCCCCAUCUUUAAUACUUUCUGAUUCAACAGACUUGGAAGCUGAUAUCAAGAGCGAAGACGAAGACCUCUCAAUAUCCUCAACUCCACCGAUGGACUUCAUACCACUUACUUCUAGAGUAAAAGCAAAGCAUGAAGAUCAGUCCUCAGAUAAAUACUCUUCAUCAUCACCUCCGUCACCAUUUUCCUUCAUGGAUGCCUUUAAAAAUGUGGAAGAGUUUUCCUUCCAGUCCCUCACAAAUGAGAGCGAUGGGAAACCCAUCUCUUUCAAGGCAGACACAAACUACAAGUUCAGCACUUUUCUUAUGAUGUUGAAGGACUUACAUGACACUAGAGAGCGAGAGGGGGCACCCCUAGAGCUAGAGAUCGGACCACCAAGUGCACAUGUUAAGGAGGAGCCCUUAUUGUUGCCAAAGGAAGCUCAUCUUGCAACACAAGACCAACAAAGUGAGUACGGUCUCAGCAAUUUAAGUUCAAGUCCAGACAAAACUGUUGUCACAGAGAAUGAAGGCAGCACAAAUCAGACACCUAAGAGGCCCUAUAACAGAAAAGGCAGCUCAACUGGAUCGAAAAAGAAAGUCAACUGCAGAGUGCCUUGUCGUCCUGCCAGAUCUGGACCUGGUUUUCCAGGACUGGAGUCAUCAUCAAAAGCAGACUGCUCAUCAAGAGUUCUGGACAUACAGAGCAGCAGCUGGGAGAGGCAGGCUGGAGGGGGUGAAGGAGUGGUUGGGGCAGAGAUAGAGAAAGAGAGAUGGAGUAGAGUGAAGGAGAAUCUACCGAUCAUGGUGCCUUUGGAGCAGAGUGAGUGUGACACUACAUCCUGUCUAGAACAGGCAAAUGGCCUCAUUGCAGACUGUACUAUGAAGAACACAAGCUUGACGCACAACGCUGCAGCAGACAAAGCUAUAGCAGCACAUAAACGAAUAAGAAAACCCAGCAAGAGGCUGAUUGAAUGGACUGAAGAGUACGACCAGAUUUUCUCCACUAGGAAGAAAACCAAAAAGCCUCUCCAGUUGAUUGGAAAGGCCACACAACCCAUUACCUCCAUGCCUGAACUUUCGGGGUCAGACAAGAACUUACUCAACCAUCCACCCUCCAGUUUACCUGAAAUACAGACCCCACCUCCUGAGGAAGAUGCUGCACCGAUGCCGUCUGAACUACAAGUUCCCACCUCUGAAAACACAUCUUCCCAAGACACUCCGCUGCUUUCCACAGACACAUUAACCCCUCCUCCUGAUGUGGAUCCCCCUCUGUCAGAGGGCCUCAUCAAAGACAAUAGAGCUGCUCCUGUCUUAGAGAAGAAGCGGAAGAGGAAACCCACUCAGAAAAUCUUGGAAUACUGUUUGGGGGCCGAGGCGUCGGCAGGGCCCAAAAAGAAGGUUAAAGGAAUGAAGAGUAAUUCAAGUACUGCUCCUCAAUCUGAUUCUGCACCACCUAUUUUAAAAUUAAAGAGUAAACCAGUUACAGCAUCUGGCUCCAUACCAACCUCUGAGAUAACAGCAUGUACACCAAAUCCGUCCAUUCGGACCAGUCACAGCACUCCUGCACCGUCCACUCCAGCUCCAGCCCCAGCUCCAGCUCCAGCCCCGCCCCUACCUGAACCCAGACAGAUAAAGACGGCAGCAGAUGCAGAUGCUCCUCAACAUGAUGAUCCUAAGACUCAGGUGGACAUAAAGGAGGCAACAGAGUCUGAGGGUGACCAGUCUAGCCUGGACCACAGCUUCUCUUCCAUGAAAGACGACUUGUUGUCAUGUGAUGACACAGUUUUACCCGUGAGGAAGAUUAUAGGGGACCGAGGAGGGCCAGCCUCCAUGAAGGAGAGCAUAUGUCAGGUGUGUGAGAAGACGGGCGAGCUGCUGCUCUGUGAGGGUCAGUGUUGUGGAGCUUAUCACCUGCCCUGCAUCUCUCUGGCUGAGGCACCCAAAGGGAAGUUCGUCUGUCCAGAGUGCAAAUCAGGGAUCCACACCUGCUUUGUGUGUAAAAAGCGCAGCGAAGACGUACGGCGCUGCAUGAUUCCUGUGUGUGGGAAGUUUUACCACGGGGAGUGUAUCGCAAGCUACGGCCCGACCGCACCUGUAAACCGAGGUUUCCGCUGCUCCAUCCAUGUCUGCCUCACCUGCUUCAUCACCAAUCCUAACAGCUCGUCCCUCUCUAAAGGUCGUCUGGUGAGGUGCGUGCGCUGCCCCGUAGCCUAUCACGCGACAGACCUUUGCAUGGCAGCGGGCACCGUUGUGCUUUCCAACAACAGCAUCAUCUGCCCCAACCAUUUCAGCGCCCGCCGUGGUGUCAAGAACCACGAACACGUCAAUGUCAGCUGGUGCUUCGUCUGCACUGAAGGUGGGAGCCUGCUGUGCUGUGAGUCAUGUCCUGCUGCGUUUCACCGGGAGUGUCUGAACAUUGAGAUGCCUAAAGGCAGCUGGUACUGCAAUGACUGCAAGGCUGGGAAGAAACCUCGCUACAAGGACAUCCUCUGGGUGAAGGUUGGACGCUACAGGUGGUGGCCAGCAGAGGUCAGCCAUCCCAAAACAAUCCCCGAUAACAUCCAGAGAAUGAGGCACGAUGUUGGAGAGUUCCCCGUUCACUUCUUCGGCUCCAACGACUACUUGUGGACCUACCAAGCCAGGGUUUUCCCUUACAUGGACGUGGAUGCUAACAGCAAGGAAAAGAUGGGAAAAGGUGUUGAUGCAACCUACAAGAAAGCUCUGGAGGAGGCAGCUGUGCGAUUUCGUGAACUGCAGGCAGAGAAGGAGCUUCGGCAGCUACAGGAGGACAGGAAGAAUGACAGGAAACCGCCACCAUACAAACACAUUAAGGUUAAUCGGCCGAUAGGAAAGGUUCAGAUCUUUACUGCUGACCUAUCAGAGAUCCCACGCUGUAAUUGCAAGGUGACAGACGAGAGUCCAUGUGGGAUGGACUCUGAGUGCAUCAACCGCAUGCUGUUGUAUGAAUGCCACCCGCAGGUUUGCCCUGCAGGCGAGCGAUGCCUCAACCAGGCAUUUACCAAGCGUCAGUACAGCCAAGUGGAGAUCUUCAGGACGCUGUCUCGAGGGUGGGGGCUCCGCUGUGUCCAUGACAUCAAGAAGGGUCACUUUGUGAGUGAGUACGUUGGGGAGGUGAUUGACGAGGAAGAAUGCAGGUCGAGGAUCAGACACGCGCAAGAGAACGACAUCUGUAACUUCUACAUGUUAACUCUGGACAAGGACAGGAUAAUUGAUGCUGGGCCGAAAGGAAACGAAGCUCGCUUCAUGAACCACUGUUGUCAGCCAAACUGUGAGACACAGAAAUGGACAGUGAGCGGAGACACCCGGGUGGGACUGUUUGCUCUCGUUGACAUCCCUGCAGGCACUGAACUCACCUUCAACUACAACCUGGAGUGCUUAGGAAACGGGAAGACAGUGUGUAAAUGUGGUGCACCGAACUGCAGCGGCUUCUUGGGGGUUAGGCCAAAGAACAACCCGCCAUCUGAAGACAAAGGCCGCAAGCUGAAGAGGAGAGGUCAUGGCAAGAAGAAGAAAAAGGUGGUGUUGACCAAAGAAAGAGAGGAUGAGUGUUUCAGCUGUGGAGACGGAGGACAGAUGGUUUCCUGUAAGAGACCCGGAUGCCCCAAAGUGUAUCAUGCAGACUGCUUAAACCUCACCAAGAGGCCUGCAGGUCGCUGGGAAUGCCCAUGGCAUCAAUGCGACAUAUGCGGUAAGGAGGCAGCGUCCUUCUGUGAGAUGUGUCCCAGUUCCUACUGCCGCCAGCAUCGUGAGGGCCUGCUCUUCAUCUCUAAACUGGAUGGCAAGCUGGCCUGCAGUGAGCAUGACCCCUGUGGGCUGGAGCCACUGGAACCAGGGGAGAUCCGCGAGUACGCACCCGAAACCAGAGCCAUCACCUCUGGGCUGGGCAUGGCCAUCAUUCCCUCCACCGCCAGCACUACCAACACUAUCAACCCAACCGGCAGGCGUGUCACAGGGGUCGGCAACAGUGGCAGGAUGUGUGCUUCCGAGUCAUUUCCUGCCUUUUCCAUCCCAGUACCCAUCAUCCCUGUUGCUGCUCCUGCCAUCUCACCUACUCACAGCAGCUCUGAUGCUCCCAGCAGCCCACAUGUAUUCGACCUCCCUCACUACUCCCCCAUUUCUUCAUACGAGGAGGAGAGGGAUGUUUUAGGGGAGGAUGAAGAGGAACUGCUUGCAGAGGGGGAAGAGGACUUGGUGGAAGAGGGUGAUGUAAGUCGGCAGAAAUCUGACUCUCGUGAGGAAGAUGUGGUGGAGGACAUGGGGCUGGAAUACCUUGAGCUCAAAGAAGAAGAAGAGGAGGAUGAUGAGGAGUGAUGCACAGAGUAUUAAGGCCCAUUUAUGCUCGGCACAGAAGAGGGACACGCAGACAGAUGGACAGUUUUGUCCGUCUUCUGCAUCGGUUAAGCGCGUAAUUUGGUCAGUUUUCAGGCAGCUUAGCCAUCCAUCGUUUGACGCAGAAGACGGAGCAAAACCACCGGAAAUCAUGAGGGGCAGUGCUGAGCAGAGUGGCUGACAUGCAGCUAGGGAAAGAAACAAACCAGAGAAGAAGAAUGGAUCAAUAAAGGAACAAAAAAGCAGAAGAAGAAUGAAGACGAGGUCAACAACUGUAGAAAUUGUGCAAGCUUUUGAAGAAUGGAUAUGCGAGUGUUUAGGGCGUGUUGGACAGUUGAAAACAACUUCAUACCAGUCCAUUAAACGUGUCUGAAACUGACGUCGACUCGCAGGAACUCUGAAAUUAGCACUGCCUACUAGUGGAGGAAUAGACUUAACAACCAUGGUGAUGCAAAAGAUGCGUGGAAGUGAGGACGGGGAUGUAUGACAACGUUUGAAACGGGUGUUGCUAUUUAUAUAUGUAAGGGAGCAUAAAUGGGCGUUUAUACUAGAGCAACUCACAGUCACUACAGUGGGACAGCACUUCGGGAUGAAUGAGUCACAGUCGGUCACUGUUUGUAUUUAAUCAUCAGUUGGAUGUAUGGAGGGAUUUUAGGAGCACAUUAAAUCAUAUAAACAUAAAUAAAUUGUGAAGGUUAUAAAUAAAGAUAUGAACAUUUAAUAAUAUAUAGAUAUAAAAAUACUGUAUAUCCAAACAUUUCACAGUUUAUUUAUGCUUGCCUUAUGUUUUUUUGUCUUAAUAAUCACUCCCUGACCUCAUCACACCUUUGCACCUUUACAAGGGAGAUUUGAUGUCAAACUGCUCCGAAAACUUUGAAACAAAUUUCAGUUCAUUAUUUUUGUUUUCUCACAUGUUGACCAACAUCUGUUUAGGCAGAGGGUAGAUGUGAAGAGACAUAAUUUUAUCUGUCCGUAAUUAUUAAAACAUUUGGAAUUUACUGUUUCCUCCAUAAAUGUUUAAUCCUUAAUAUCACUCCACAUUUCUGAAAGCUACUUUAGCCCGGAUGCACUACUUCCAUCCAGGACUUGAAAUGUUGUUGUUUCCAUGAAUUUUCCAGUUUUUUCUAGCUUUUCUUGAUGCCUCACGUGGUCAGUUGGUGCUUCAAGAUAACGACUGUCAGUAAAAAACAGCCGAGUGAUUGGCUGCCUGGAAUUUAUCAUUGUUGGCCUUGACUGUUGAAAAAUAUUUGCAUCAAACAGAAUCAUUUUUUUAGAUGCAGCUGCCAUCCUCUGUUCGACCGUAUUUGCCAUUGCAGGACAGUCACAUGGAUUAUUUAUCAGCCCCAACGAAUCUGGCUGUGAACUGUUACACAGACUGACUCUGAACCACUUCAUGUUAUCAAAGGCAACAUGAAAUGACCCAGGUAGAUGGCUCAAAUGUUUAUUCAGCGCUUUAUUAGUCAUUAUUUAUAUGCUGUUCUGUGACGCACAAAUGUCAACAAAGGGGAGCUGAGGUGUCAGCGUUCCCUCCCGUUAUUUCUGACUCUCCAUCAAGGGGGAAACAAACGAUGGACUCCUGCUGUGACGCUUGCACUUCAGUACGUGUUCUUGCCACGUGUUUCGCUUUGUCUGAAAGCUUAAUAUUGUCUGUGUUAUCUGCCAAUGCCUUAGACUGUAUUUCUUCUGAGACAUUUUUAAGGAAUGGUUUGGUGUGUGAGAGCCACGUUUCCCUGCAAAUGCCUUUUUUAAAAGUUGCCCUACAAGUAAAUCUUCAUUCCAGUGUAAUUAUGACCUGUUAGAUCUCAACCACUGACCUGUUAAAACAACUGCUAUAUGAAUAUAUGAGAAAAGGAAGUUAUGAAAUUAGUCCCAUUGUACUGGCAUCUUUUUUAGAUGUGUAUGUCUAACAAUAAAGCUACAUUCAAAACCAA